AUUGCCGGCCAUACAGAGCAUGAAUCUAUAAAUUCUACGACACAUAAAGCCAUAAGCUUAAACAUAACUCUCCAUGGGUUUUAUUGCCAAGUCAGAAGAGUGAUUUGAUCCAGGACUCGGGAAAAAAUGACAUCCUUUUCUUGCUGCAACUUCCUCUGAUGGCAUCGGAUCCCGCCCAGGGCCGAGGCUUCGCCGCUUGCUCGGCUGUCGCUGACCGUUUCCACUUCUCUUGUACGCUUCACAUCCGCUCGAUAAGCAUUGCUGUUCUUUUCUGCUAGCCUUGGAAAUGGGCGAUUCAGUGAAUGUGGUGCUAGAGUUCCUUAGGAAGAACCGUUUCAGCAAGGCUGAAGCUGCCUUGCGUGGCGAGAUCAGUAGCCGGCCUGAUUUGAAUGGUUUCUUGCAGAAAAACUACUCUGAGGAAGAGGAGAUGCGAGUGGAAAGUAAAUAUUCUGCUUUGAAACAGGGCGAAGUAUCCCAGGAGUUCAUCGUUAAGGAGAUCGAGGUUGGAAAUGGGAGUCAUGGGACUAAGGGUAAGAAUGGUCUUCAAAAGAACCAGGGCCAUCAGGUCAGUGAGAGCAGCAUGGCUGAUCUAUACCCUUGGAAUUUCACUGACAUUGACAGUAAUGCCAACUCUGUUUCUAAUGAUAAUGCUGUGCUAACUAACAACUUUUCUGAUCUCUUAAUAUCCGAAGAAAAGAGGUUUGGAAAAGCCUCAUGGGUGGGGAGUAGAAAGAAUUCAGUUAUUGAAACUAAACUGGAUUUGACGGGGAAGCAGAGUACCUCCUAUGGUGCUGGAAGUGUUGAAUUAAAGCCUGGAAUCAACCAAGCAAGUGACUCCAAAGGCUGCUGUUCUUACCCAAAAGACUAUUUGCUUGAGAAUCCAUGGUCCACAUCUGAGGAGGCAACAAAAGAGUGCUCAGUGAAAACUGUCCUUCCAUUUUCUUAUGAUAAUCAGUAUUCUAGUUAUGACUGUACUCCUGGUGAUGCUGAUGAUAGAAAGGAUAGAAAGAAGAAACCUAGCCAUCGAGAUUGUAGGGAAGGUUUGAAGGAGCAACUAGUUGAUAUAAUCAGGCCUUAUACUUCUGAAGUAUCCCUUAAUGACCAUGUCCUUGAUAUACCACCUGUAGGUGAUAAUCACAGGGAGGAACUGCCAAGAUUGCCUCCUGUAAGACUUAAGUCUGACGACAAGUUAACAAAUCUUAGUUGGGAAGAGAAGGCUGACCCUCAUGGUUUUGGAGGGAUGCAUACAAGAGCGAUGCUCAAUAGUGCAGACAAUACCUUUAUGAUUGGGUCAUUUUUAGAUGUCCCUGUUGGGCAAGAGAUAAAUGCAUCAGGUGGAAAGCGAACUAGUGGAGCCAGUUGGCUUUCGGUAAGUCAAGGAAUUGCUGAAGAUACUUCUGAUUUGGUUUCUGGUUUUGCUACUGUUGGGGACGACUCCAUGGAUUAUCCGAAUGAGUACUGGGAUUCUGACGAGUAUGAAGAUGAUGACGAUGUUGGAUAUAUGAGACAGCCUAUUGAAGAUGAAACAUGGUUCUUGGCACAUGAGAUUGAUUAUCCAAGUGACAAUGAGAAAGGAACUGGGCAUGGGAGUGUUCCUGAUCACCAGGACCGGGUCCCAAGGAAGGAUGAAGAUGAUGAUCAAUCUUUUGCGGAAGAGGAUUCUUACUUGUCUGGUGAGCAAUAUUUCCGUGGGAAGAAUGUUGAGCAAGUUGCUUGUCCCGAUAGACCCUUGGGUCUUGCAUUGUCUGAAAUAUAUAGAAAAUCAGAUGAUGAUAAUAAUUUGAUAACUCAGUAUGAUGGAGAGUUGAUGGAUGUUGAAGAGUUAAAUUUAAUGCGGGCAGAACCAGUUUGGCAGGGCUUUGUUAGCCAGGGCAAUGAACUCAUUAUGCUAGAAAAUGGGAAAGCCUUUAAUGAACAAGAACUAUCCCGGCCUGGUGAUCUCAUAAUAGAUGAUGAACCCCAGACUUCUGUUAGGUCAAUUGGGGUGGGCAUAAACAGUGAAGUUGCUGAUAUGGGCAGCGAAGUUCGGGAAAGUUUAGUUGGGGGAAGUAGUGAAGGUGAUCUCGAGUACUUUCAUGAUCUUGAUACUGGUAUAAGUGCUUCCGGGCACUCUAAAUGUAAUACCGGUACAAGCUUAUUUCUUCAAUCGAAGAUGGACACAUCUAAGAAAACUAAACCCAAUUCUAAUAAAUACAUUUUAGCUUCUGACAAUGCAAAGGAAGCCCAUUUUGUUGAUGUUGGCUUUACUUUUCCGCACCCAGUAAAAAAAGGGGAUAAUACUUUGGAGGCCAAUUCAGGUAAAUCAUUAUGGUCAAGCAAGGGUGAUAUUGCUGUUGACGAUGUCAAUGAAGAAUAUGGAAAGGGCAUUGUUGCAGGGGAUAUGCUUGCCACAUGGAGACGGAAAAGCAGUGAUUCUUCUCCUGUAAGGAGCUCUAGAGAUGAGAAAUAUUCUGAUACUGCCAGAUCCAGAAAUUCAAGUGGUUCAUCAGCCUCAAACUAUGCCUAUGACGAAAGAGAGGCAUUUAGGAAUGUAGGCGAGGGCAAAGCAAAGAAUGCCAGGGAAGAGGAACCGGGAAUAACACUAGAAGAUGAAGAAUCAGCUGCAUUGCAGGAGCAAGUAAGGCAGAUAAAAUCCCAGGAAGAGGAAUUUGAAACCUUCAAUCUCAAGAUUGUGCACAGAAAGAACAGGACUGGCUUUGAAGAAGACAAAAAUUUUCAUGUUGUUCUGAAUUCAGUAAUUGCUGGGCGUUAUCAUGUCACAGAAUAUCUUGGUUCAGCUGCAUUCAGCAAAGCAAUCCAGGCACAUGACCUGCACACUGGUAUCGAUGUAUGCGUGAAGAUUAUAAAGAAUAACAAAGAUUUUUUUGACCAGAGCCUUGAUGAAAUUAAGCUUCUUAAAUUUGUUAACAAGCAUGAUCCUGCUGACAAAUACCAUAUUUUGCGCCUGUAUGAUUACUUCUACUAUCGAGAGCAUUUGCUGAUUGUUUGUGAACUUCUUAAGGCAAACUUGUAUGAAUUUCAUAAAUUCAACAGAGAAUCUGGUGGGGAGGUUUACUUUACCAUGCCAAGGCUGCAGUCAAUUACUAUUCAGUGUUUGGAGGCACUUCAGUUUUUGCAUGGUCUUGGCCUCAUUCAUUGUGAUCUGAAGCCCGAGAACAUUUUGGUAAAAAGCUAUAGUAGGUGUGAGGUAAAAGUUAUUGAUCUUGGUAGCAGUUGCUUUGAAACAGAUCAUCUUUGUUCGUAUGUACAAUCACGCUCUUAUCGUGCACCUGAGGUUAUUUUGGGGCUACCUUAUGACAAAAAGAUUGAUAUAUGGUCACUUGGAUGCAUCUUAGCCGAACUUUGCACCGGCAAUGUCCUAUUUCAGAAUGAUUCUCCUGCUACUUUGCUUGCUCGAGUAAUUGGCAUCAUUGGCUCCAUAGAACAAACAAUGCUCGCUAAAGGACGCGAUACAUACAAGUAUUUUACUAAAAAUCACAUGUUAUACGAAAGGAACCAGGAAACAAACCGUUUGGAGUACUUGAUCCCCAAGAAAACAUCCUUGCGACAUCGGUUACCUAUGGGCGAUCAGGGCUUCAUCGAUUUUGUGGCUCAUCUUCUCGAGAUAAAUCCGAAGAAGCGUCCAAGCGCGGCAGAAGCAUUGAAACAUCCAUGGCUAUCUUAUCCUUAUGAACCUAUAUCAUGCUGAGUGUUUCUUGUGGAAGAAGACAGAGACAUAAGCCUUAAGCACCCAAAUUGGUUCCCACUGCAACAAGCUGUGCUGGGUUUAUUUGCGAUUGCAUGGAUCUUCCUGUUAGACCAAGAGGAGCUUGAGGCUACCAUUUUUUCUCCUUUUUCUUUCUUUCUUUCUUUUACUACCUUAUUGAUUGAGCAUGUUCUUGAAGGUGUAUCGUAUGGUAUGGGAUGGCAGAAAGUGCUUACAGUUCUUGUUCUAACUUGCAGCUAUUUGUUGUCAGCCACAUUGUAAUCUUAUAUAGAAUGCAUUAGGUCAGGUGUUUUUGAAUGGGGGCAUUGUCCUCUUGUAUAUGAUGUGAUUAUAUUUUAGGGGGAUAUUUACUCUUUAGAGAACUGCAUUAUUUUCUCUUCU